AUGUGGCACACCAUAGGAGCCAACAAGGUGCUCUCCCAAGAUGCUUCUAACCCCAAGGUGCUCUCCCAAGAUGCUUCUAACCCCAAGGUGCUCUCCCAAGAUGCUUCUAACCCCAAGGUGCUCUCCCAAGAUGCUUCUAACCCCAAGGUGCUCUCCCAAGAUGCUUCUAACCCCAAGGUGCUCUCCCAAGAUGCUUCUAACCCCAAGGUGCUCUCCCAAGAUGCUUCUAACCCCAAGGUGCUCUCCCAAGAUGCUUCUAACCCCAAGGUGCUCUCCCAAGAUGCUUCUAACCCUAAGGUGCUCUCCCAAGAUGCUUCUAACCCCAAGGUGCUCUCCCAAGAUGCUUCUAACCCCAAGGUGCUCUCCCAAGAUGCUUCUAACCCCAAGGUGCUCUCCCAAGAUGCUUCUAACCCCAAGGUGCUCUCCCAAGAUGCUUCUAACCCCAAGGUGCUCUCCCAAGAUGCUUCUAACCCCAAGGUGCUCUCCCAAGAUGCUUCUAACCCCAAGGUGGUCUCCCAAGAUGCUUCUAACCCCAAGGUGCUCUCCCAAGAUGCUUCUAACCCCAAGGUGCUCUCCCAAGAUGCUUCUAACCCUAAGGUGCUCUCCCAAGAUGCUUCUAACCCCAAGGUGCUCUCCCAAGAUGCUUCUAACCCCAAGGUGCUCUCCCAAGAUGCUUCUAACCCCAAGGUGCUCUCCCAAGAUGCUUCUAACCCCAAGGUGCUCUCCCAAGAUGCUUCUAACCCCAAGGUGCUCUCCCAAGAUGCUUCUAACCCCAAGGUGCUCUCCCAAGAUGCUUCUAACCCCAAGGUGCUCUCCCAAGAUGCUUCUAACCCCAAGGUGCUCUCCCAAGAUGCUUCUAACCCUAAGGUGCUCUCCCAAGAUGCUUCUAACCCCAAGGUGCUCUCCCAAGAUGCUUCUAACCCCAAGGUGCUCUCCCAAGAUGCUUCUAACCCCAAGGUGCUCUCCCAAGAUGCUUCUAACCCCAAGGUGCUCUCCCAAGAUGCUUCUAACCCCAAGGUGCUCUCCCAAGAUGCUUCUAACCCCAAGGUGCUCUCCCAAGAUGCUUUUGAACUGAGUUAUCCGAAGGUGCUCUCCCAAGAUGCUCUCCCAAGAUGCUCUCCCAAGAUGCGCUGCCUAAGAUGCAAUCUCUCACUGCUUGUACGCUUCUUCCUCUCCCACUACACCAUCCCCCCCUGUUGUUUUCAGAGGGAGUUGCGGCGGCUGAGCAUUCUGGCGCACUCGCACUGGGUGACUCACAGCACCCGCCUGCUCGCCUCCGCCUUCCGCCGCAAUCUCAUGCACGACCCAGCUCUCACCACCGCCACUCCCCUCCAGGUUCGCUUCUCGUUCGUUCGAGUUAGGUUUCCCUCUCCCUUGGAGGUACGAGCCUUCUUUGGAACCCCAACCAGUGCACUCCACUGUGCAGCACUGGGUGAACCUUACCUUACCCACCGCCGUUCCUUUUUCCGCAAUCUCAUGCACGACCCAGCUCUCACCGCCACCACUCCCCUCAAGGCUCAACGUACGGGAUUCUGUGGAACCCCAGCCUUGGUGCACUGGGAUGGGAAGCACGCGCAUCCCAGGAUUGAAGUCUCACCCACCCACCCAGCGAGCCGGAACUACCCGGCCAGCUCUCAACUGUUCCUCUUCCUAUCCCACUCCCCGCUCAGCCGAGGGAGAGGAGGGCAGGCGGACGCCAAGGGCUGGGAGGAGACGGUGGUGCAGCAGGAGGGGGAGGAGGGCGAGGCCAAGGUGGAGAUGCGAAUGACCCUGCCGGCAUGCCCCUCGCCCUACGUGGCGUCGCUGCUCUUUGCCGCCUCCGCUGAUGUGCACCGUGUGGGCUGCCACUCCCUCGACCGCCUCGUCCUCAGGCUGUUUGCCUGGGAACUAUCAGACCAGGUCCUGGGUGCCUAUGAGAAUCUUGCCAGCACCAAGCGUGCAUCAGAGAAGGGAGUGCUGCAGCUGCUCUUUGACGCUCGCCUGCUGUCAGACGUGCUCUCAGGAGGGGCGGAGUUGCCUCUGGACGCACUCAGAGCGAUAUCAGGGGCAGCAGCAGAAGGGGGUGAAGGAGGGGGAGCAAGAGCAGGGGCAGCAGCGGACAGGGGAGCUGGGGCAGGGGCAGCAGGGGGGGCUGUAGCAAGGGCAGGUUCAGGAGGGGGAGCAGGGGCAGGGGCAGGGGCAGGGGCAGGGGCAGGGGCAGGGGCAGGGGCAGGGGCGGGGAGCAUUGGUGUGUCGGUUGCGGCGAGGAAGAAACGAGUUGCAGCGCUGCUGGAGAAGCUGCAGGAGGAACUGGACCCCAUCGACCGAGCCGCCUACCUGCCGUUCCUGUGGCAGAACCAGCAGCGGUUCUACCUGCGCUCGGCAGUGCUCUUCGGUCAUCUGGCCCAGCUGCAUCGCCUCUACACCGAUGCUGCACCGCGCCAUCCCUACGCCACAGACGCCAACACCCUGGAUACCGCUCCCACCGUUCCACGCUUCACCUUCCUGCCCAUAAGCUCCCCGCUUCUGGCCAAUGGCGGGCUGGCACCUGGCGGUAAGCCCCGCCGUCCAUCCACCUUUGGAGAUGUCUCGCUAUCCGUUUCUGGUUCCAGCAGCAACAGUGGCGCUCCAGUGUCCCGUGUGCCUAGUGGGGCAGGGGCGGCUGCAGCAGCAAGUGGUGUCGGUGGUGGUGGGUUUGGAGGGGUGGGUAGCGGUGCUUGGGGAGAAGAUGGGGCUCUUGGAGGGGCGUUCUCGUUCGCAGAUUCGACGGGGCUUUCUGCUACACCCAUUUUCAAGUCACUUAUGGGUCAGGUCAAACUGGGGUCAAUUCUCGGGGAUGGCAGCCAAGUCACGCGCAACAUUUCAAACCUACAGGAGAUGUUCAACCAGCCGUCGCAGGCAGCUGGGCUGUUCUCAUCACUUACAAGUGCCGCUGCUGGGAGCUCCUCUCGCCUGCAAGAGCUGUUUUGA